GUAUGCUUUAAUAGAAUAUUCAUUAUCGAUAGUGUCAUACCUCUUCAGAUUUUUUCCUGUCUUUUUAAUCAUGUGGUCAAUAAUCCAGACCGUUUCACUUCAAUUCUUCACACUACUGUAGUUACCAAAUGUUGAAUAUGAUAUGCAUUUAGUAGUUGACGCCUUGCAACUGACUAUUUUCAUUAUUUUUCUUGCAAUCCUAGAAGCCAACGUAAUCUAAUUUCCAGUGGACAUGUUUCUUCCUUAGAUUUAGCUCCACCACCAAAAAUAAAUAGUCUUGGCGUCGCAUUACUAACGGGUAGCGAUUUUGAUCCGCUCACUUUCGGUCAUUUUGAAAAAAUCAAAUGGAUACAGUCUCACCAUCACAAUCGGUUUCUUCAAAUAAAUUUCAGUACACAGAUAGUUCAGAUCUUUAUAAGUCAAAUGACUCCGAGACUAAUUUGAAGGCCUACUCCGAUUGUUCUUCACCUGUGUCUGAACUGAAAACUGAAGUUCAGAGUAAUAUUACGGACAAAAUAAUGGAUAUUUCUUCUCCAAACAAAAAUUCUGUCGAAAAAUAUGCCAAAUAUAAUCGAAUUGAAGUAAUUCGUGAUCUCAUGUCUAAACCAAAUAAUUGCAACGUUGAAGUCACCCCGGAAACCAAACUGCCUUUUGAUGCGAGUCUUGAAAAUAAUGACUAUUCAGAAUGCAAAUUACGUUUGUCAUCAAGACCUGGAGUAUCAGAGGUUCAUUGGGGACUAACAAUAAAAGCACGAGGUCCCUCAAAUACUUCCCCUUUUGUUGUUGAACGCGUUAAAAUUGGUAGGUUUCUAUAUAUCACAUGUUUUAGUGUAUUACAGACAUUUUCUCUUCCCAUUCAUUUUUACGUUUGAAAUAGUAUAGGAUUGAGGAAGAAAUUCAGCGAAUAAUUUAUACAGCAACUAAUUUCACUUAUCUUAUUCUCCUAUUGUCUGUAUACAAAGUUUAUCACACUGUUUCCCACUUACAUUCGUCAUAAGCGAUACCUAUCGAUGAUUCCUUCACCCAAGGUAAUUUAUUUGCCUAUCUUUACUCUAAAAUUGUUCCUCUGGACUGCACGAACAGUCGAUCGUAAUAAUUUUCAAUCUUUUUA